AUGAAUGUUGGUGGCACUGACACUAGCUUCCAUGAUUUAGCCGCCAGCUCAAUUCCUUCCCAAAGUCCGCGGAAGCCAGUUGUGCCAACAUUGCAAUUAGAUUUGGGCUCAAAUCUUAAUCCCGAAGACAUCGAAGAAGGUGAUGAUGUCUACUUUGAGUGCAAAGUCCAUGCAAAUCCGGCAGCUUAUAAAGUUGUGUGGAAACAUAAUAAUCAAAUCAUCCAACACAAUCAACGGGCCGGUGUCAUAGUCAGCAGCGGUGAUUUGGCUCUGCAGGGCGUAACACGGCACCAGGCGGGCAAUUACACCUGCACUGCCUCCAAUGUGGAGGGCGAUGGCGACAGCAAUGUUGUGGAGCUUAAAGUCAUGUACAAACCAAUUUGCCGGGCCGAUCAAAAGAAAAUCUAUGGUGUGGCCCGCAAUGAAGCCGCUGAGAUCCUGUGUGAGGUUGAUGCAUUUCCACCGCCAGAAAAUUUCAAGUGGUCAUUUAAUAAUACAGCCGAAACCUUUGAUAUGCCACAGAGUGGUUUUCGAGCACACUCGGCACAAGGGUCCACUUUGACAUAUACUCCAGUUAAGGAAAUGGACUUUGGCACCAUUAUGUGCUGGGCCGAUAACAAUGUGGGCCAACAAAAGGAACCCUGUGUCUUUCAUUUAAUAGCAGCUGGCAAACCUGAAAUGCCAUCCAAUUGUACGGUUGUCAAUCAAACCUCCGAUUCCCUGGAAGUCUAUUGCAUUGAAGGCUUUGAUGGUGGUCUACGCCAAUGGUUCCUACUCGAAAUCUUUGAUCAACAGACGGCCACCUUGCAGGCUAACAUAUCCUCCAAAUAUCCGGUAAUAAGUGUCAAUGGCUUGGAUUCGGGGCGAUUUUUCAAAAUGUUUAUGUAUGCGGUGAAUGUCAGAGGACGCAGUGAACCCGUGCUCCUGGAGGGCUAUACCCUCAAGGCUGCAGAGAAACAAACAGUGGCUUUGACAUCGUACAAAGGUUCCCAGACAAAUAUUGAAUUGACACCGAUACUCUCCGUUGGCAUAUUCGUGGGCAUAUUAGUGGCAAUUGUUUGCAUUGGCAUCGGCACCAUUGCCGCACUGAAGUUGCGCUCGCACAAGCAACAGCAAAAAUAUCAACAUCAAAAUCAGAGAUUCUCACGUCCCGACAAUUUGCAAAUUAAAGAUAAAAGCUCUCUGCCAUUAAGUCAUACCGAAGAUUCCAGGUACGAUGAGAAGAAGAACGACGAAAAGAAUCCGGAUGUGGUGCCAUAUAAAGAAGUCGAUGGUGAAUAUAAACAGAAAUCAGCAACACAAACACCAUCCGGUCAUUUAUCGACAACCAGUGAAGCGGAAAUCAGCUGUAAGGCCACAAAUGAUGAACGUGUCCUCUAUCAGAGCAAUAAUGAUGAGGAACUACACUAUGCCGAACUCUCGUUGCCAUCGGGUGGCGCCUCCAGUUCGGCACCGAAAAAAUCAAUUUCGGUCGAUUGCAGCAGCAGUAUGCUGCUACAGGGUGCCGGUAUUAAUCCCAAUCUCGGUGGCAUCACCGGUGGCACCCUGCCCCAUGGCAGCAGUGUACGCAAACUAUUGCCCACAAUACCGGCCACCAGCACCCUGCAGCGCAACAAAACAAUGGCACCGCCGCCCUCGUAUGACUACUUCGAGGAGCCAACGAUAUACGCCCAGAUAGAUCACUACAAGAAUGCCAAUGCCAGUGCUAGUAACUCCAGUUCGGUGUCACCCUUCCCGCCCUGUAUAUCGUCGCCGAAUUCGCAGGGCACUCCUUCCACCGUGUCGCCGGGCACUGUACAAAUGUAUACGCUACCACCCCAUCCCGGGGGUUAUCAUACUCUGCCUCAUAAUCAUCAUCAACAGAAUGUGCCUCCACACAGUUCCACGACCGCAUCCAUGAUGCAGAUGAUGGGUAAUGCUCAAAAUUCGUCGGCGGCGGCAGCGGGCGCCAGCAGUAGUACAGGUGGGCCAUAUCAUCAUGGCACCCUGCCCAUGCCACCCUCAUAUCAACAACACCAGCAACAACAACAGCAGCAACAACAAAUGCAUUUACAACAGCUGCCCUCACCACCACUGGGUCAGGUAUUGGUGUCGAGUAACAGCAGCGGUUUGGCAACAGCGGCCGUCACAAGUCCCAGCAGUUCGAUAUCGGGUCUCUCGGCUGUGGGAAAAUCCUAUUCCCGGGAAAUUGUAACGGUGCGGACACCGUUGAUGUACUCGCAGCAGGAGAGUUGUGUUUAAGUGUAAAAAGGAGAAGAAUAACCGCAACUUAGUCAUUAGGGGAAUGGGGGCAGGCGCCAGAGCAAAGCGAAACCAAACAGAAGAGUGAGAAUAGAGAUGAAGAAAAAGAAAAA